UUCUUUUUCUUGAAAACUCACUCCGCAUCCAGAUCUGUUCCCUCACUCUCGCUCUCGCUCGCUCGCUCGCUCUCCCGAUCCGCUUCCCUGGAAGGGACCUUUCAUCUGCAUUUUCUUGGACUGCCUUUCCUUUUUCGGGUUCAUCUUCUUUGCAAUUUGAACCCUCUGAUUCGUGUAGGAUGUAGGUUUCUUCAAGUUCAAUAUGACUGUUUGAUCCACCGUGCAUGGUUUGGACCUGGUGGGAAGCAAUGGCGAGAAGGGUUCCGAUGAGGGUCUGGCUGUGUUUCCCAAAAUCGAUGGGUCUCCUCGUGGGUGGGAAUCACACCUCCUCCAGGUUUUGCACCCGCUAAAUUCUGCUUCUCUUGAUUAGCCUUGGCUUCAAUCUCUCUCUCUCUGUUGGAAUUUCUCAAAUUGAUCAUCUGAAACUUGAUCGGAAAGAUCUGAACUUUGCACGAAUUGGGUCCGCGCUUGAACUGAUCGAAUCUUGAUAAGAGAUGGAUUACAAGGCAUUGAAAUGCCAGAUCCUUCAUGGGUAUAUCGCGAGGCGCGUGCUUCGUCGCACGCUUAUGAUAGCCACCGCUAUUUCUCUGUUCCCUUUGCUGCAUGUGCUGUCCGGUGGGAACCCAGCAUUUUUCGCUCCGGCGAAUUCCGAGAAUUGCGCCGCCGACUCCGGUAACUUGGGCCAAUUGAUGCUUUCUGGCGUGUCUUUCUUUCCCACCUGGAUGUUGGUACCGAUACGGGGUUCGUUCGAAUCCUUUGAAUGCAAAGAGGAUGUGAAUUUGACUGUUAAUGUGGUUGGAGAGCUAAUGAGCAAACACUUGUUGGAUUAUAGCGCGAAGGUUCUCUGUGCCGGAGAAGGAUCGUCUGCCUGCGUUUAUGCGCUCCACGAAUUGGGGUUCGCUAAUGCUUGCGGGGUGUACGGACACCCCUUCUUUUCUCUGAAACACAAGCAUUUAAUUUAUGAGCUGAGCUACGACGAUAAUUCCUUCGACUUCAUAUUCUCUAGGGACCUUGAUAAGGUGUCGGUCCCUGCAUUGCUUGUGCUUGAGAUUGAGCGUGUGCUUAAGCCUGGUGGGAUUGGGGCUAUGCUUGUCGGUGUAAGCGGUUCCAACCCGAACAGCCUCAUUAGGUCAGCAAUGCCGGUUUCUUCGCUGUUGAAAGCUUCCAGCGUCGUUCAUGUGGGUUUCAUGAAUGAUUUCAGUCUUGGUGUGAUGAAUGACUUCACUCUGGUGGUUUUCAAGAAGAGGGUUGAAAAUGUGGGUUUCUUCGGGCAAUAUAGACUUCCAGACAACUGCCCAUCGAUUACUAAGAACAAACCCUUUAUCAAUCUCAUGGAGCCUCUUGUAGAGGAAAAGCCAAUGGAAUUAGAGCCAAAAGAUGCCUAUUUACCAAAAUUUGUAGAUGUUUCCUUAGCGAAGCGAAUGGUCUAUAUUGUUAUCGGAGCAGGGGAGCAUCUGAAUUCUGCACAUGUGAAUUGGUUCCUGCCGUCUUAUCCAGUGGACAUCCGAGCCUUUAACAUUUAUUUCGUCGACCACAACACCUCAGUACUUUCCUCUUAUGUCAAAAAGCCAGGGAUAAACUUUGUUUAUCUGCCAGGGCUGGUGGGAGACAAGGGCACAGCUAAUCUGGAACAUGAUCCUGAGUUUGAUCCUUAUAUCGGAAGUGAAGGGUUUGACAUUCUUGCUUGGUUCAAUGAAACAGUGAAGCAUGCAGACUUUGUGGUUAUGAAGAUGAAUACAGGGGAGUUAGAACUGAAAUUCCUGGUGGAGUUAUUCGAGAGUGGAGCCAUAUGCUCAGUUAAUGAGCUCUUCCUCCAUUGCUCGGACCCUUUGCAAGGCAUUGGAGAAAUCAAGGGGGGAUGCAUGGAUCUGUUCAAGGGCCUGAGAAGCACUGGUGUGUUUGUUCAUCAGUGGUGGGGAAGUUAGACUCUAUUCCAAGUUCGUGGUCUUAAUGUUUUCAGGUUGUGUCGUUUGCUUUGUCCGUUGCUUGCUACAUACUUCCGAGGGAUUACUCCUCCCGUGUACAGAUGAGCCCCGUAGAUGGAGUUCACAUAGCAUGGGAGAUGAAUGCCCUGAGGAGUACUGAAUAAUUUUCAUGUGUCCUAGGAAGCUCUGCUUCCCUGUGUGUUUCGAAUUUCUGAGUCGUGGUCUAGUCCUUUCCGCUUUGAUGUGCGGGGAAAAAUGUAUGUUGCUUCUUGGUUGUGCUCUAGCACCACAUGACAUGAGCAACCAUUUCUUCUCCGUCUUAUGAAUAAGAAACUUGUCUUUAUGUA